AUGUAAAUGUAUCACGUUCGACGUUGUUGUUGAGUCUAUUGAACUGAAUAUGCGUGUUUGUUUUUUUAGUAUUUUGGUUUAUUUAAGUUCCUUUGUCACUAAUAAUAACAAGUUACGCAGUUGCUGGUAAUUUCAAAGAUGUUAAAUAUACAAAAUUAUGGCAGUAGUUCGGAAGACGAAAGCGAUACUAACCCAAAAACUAGGGAACACAGCAAUGAAACUUUGUUGACUCAUUUAAAACCUGUUGAUCCUAGUUUAUCCGUGGCAAAAAGUAUGCAAAUAUGUGCUGCUCCCGUAGUUAUGCCCACAAAUAAUGACGAUACAAGAGUUUUAAUACCGAACAAUGACGAACUUAUGCAUAAUCCAAAAUACGAGGAGUUAUUUGCCCCAACAUUUGGUCCAGAAAACCCAUUUCAAACACAGCAGAUGAAGGCAAACAGAAAUAUGUUGUCAGGAUAUGUGGAGAAGGCUCAUAUCAGUGACUUUCAGUUUGAGAACCAACGACGGACAUUUACAAGUUACGGGUAUGCUGUAGACCCAUCAACAGAAGUAGACAGUGGGAGUGGGGAUCCCAUUGUUUUAUCAGCAAUGGUGGCACCCCCUGAAGAAUCAGAAGGCAAAUCAGUUUUCGAGAGCAUAAAGAAAAGGCCUCUGGAUAAGAAGAAACGGAAUAAAAAUGACAACCCAGAAGAUGUUACUGGUUUCCUGGGGCCUUGGGGAGGGUAUGAGGGGGAAAAAAGAAUAAUGAAGCCAGAGGGAGAUGAAGCUAAAGAACUAGAAGAGAUAUUAGCCAAGAGACAGAAGAAGGGCAAAGUGGAGGAAGACAAACCAUUGGAAGAGAAAUCUAUAUUCCACAUCGACAACGCUACAGACUACCAGGGCCGGGCGUGGACGAGCGCGCCGCGCGCGGAGCCGCGUCUGCGCAGUGACGCGCCGCCGGACAAGUGCUUCCUGCCCAAGGCACACAUCCACACAUGGAAAGGGCACACAAAAGGCAUUGCCACAGUGCGGUGGUUUCCCGGCACUGCACAUCUCAUGUUGUCUGCUGGCAUGGAUUGUAGGGUUAAGAUCUGGGAGGUGUACGGCGAGCGCCGCUGCGCGCGCACGUACUUCGGCCACCGCCAGGCCGUGCGCGACGUCAACUUCAACAACUCCGGCGCGCAAUUCCUCUCCGCCGCUUACGACCGCUACAUAAAGCUGUGGGACACUGAGACCGGCGAGUGUAUAUCGCGGUUCACGUCCCGUAAAGUGCCGUAUUGCGCUAAAUUCCAUCCCGACGAGGACAAGCAACAUUUGUUUGUGGCCGGCACUUCGGAUAAGAAGAUUAUCUGUUGGGACGUCCGGAGCGGGGAAAUAGUACAGGAAUACGACCGCCAUCUUGGGGCCGUCAACACGAUCACGUUCGUGGACGAAAAUAGAAGAUUCGUGACCACCUCGGACGACAAGAGUCUGAGGGUUUGGGAGUGGGAUAUCCCUGUAGACAUGAAGUACAUAGCGGAGCCGUCGAUGCAUUCGCUGCCGGCCGUGACGCCGGCGCCCAACGGCAAGUGGCUCGCGUGCCAGUCCAUGGACAACAAGGUCGUGGUCUUCAGCGCGCUCAACCGGUUCAAGAUGAACAGAAAGAAGACUUUCACUGGACACAUGGUCGCUGGAUACGCGUGUUCUGUCGACUAUUCACCGGAUAUGAGUUAUCUGGUGUCGGGGGACGCAGACGGGAAAUGCUACAUCUGGGAUUGGAAGACGACGAAACUGUACAAGAAAUGGAAAGCGCACGACGGCGUUUGCAUCACAUCCCUCUGGCACCCACACGAGCCCAGCAAACUGCUCACUGCGGGCUGGGACGGCGUCAUCAAGUAUUGGGACUGAAUAAAACCACAGAAUCAUU